ACGAAACAAUAUCAGAACAAGAACUAGUUUCAAUAAUAAUCGAUGGAAUUGGAGAUCCUGUGAAUGCUGCUGCGAUUCGUUUUUCUGCAAACUCUUUGACCGAACUUAAGACAGCCCUGCAAAAAUACGAAUCGAUACGUUUACAACCGGUGUCAGUUUCAUUCAAACCAAGGAUAAUGACCAGACCUGACAAUGUUGGAGGUAUAAAAUGCUACAAUUGUUCGAACUACGGGCAUCAUCAACGGGACUGCCAGCAACCACGACGGCGAAAUGGGUCUUGCUUCCUAUGUGGAAAUAUGGGACACGUUGCUCGAGAUUGCACUCAUCGUACUCAAUCGACGUCGGCUGCCAUCUACCAUAGUGAAGCAAAUCAAAACAAUGUUAUCCACGAACCGAACUAUAAUGAAAGCGCAGUUCAGAUAGAAGCUAUUCAGGAGCCCUAGGAGUUUUGUCAGCGAAGAGCUUGUCCCGACUCUUGCCCAAAAUCCGUGUUUUUCUGGAUUCCGCGGAUUAGGAAAUCAACCUUUGACAUCGCUAGGGUAUGCAGAAGGAAGAAUUCGUUUUCGUGACACUUAUGUUAACCAUUCAUUUAUCAUCAUUCCAAAGAAACAAAUGGCAUGGUCUAUUAUCAUUGGACGGGAUUUGUUAAAAAAAUUUAAUAUUCAUUUGCAUUACAUACGUUACCGUUGUUCCAAACAAAGUUUAAUGAAUUACAAAACCAUAAAUAAAAACGAACUUCAACCACACAUGAG